AUGGAAAUCGAUUGUGCAAUCGGAGCGGAUGAAGGUAAAUUUUUGGGGGAUUCUUGGGAUUUUUUUUUGAAUUUCUCAAGUUCAGGAAUGUCCAGUUUUUGGGAACUUUUAGGAGUCUAGGCUUUUUUGAAUUUCUAGGAUAAGCCUGAGAUUCCAAGCUAGACUUUCAGAUUUUGAGCCUAGACCUAGAUUUAGGCCUGAAUUUCUAGGCCUGAACUUUGAGCUUAGUUCUAGAUUAAGACCUGAAUUUUGAGCCCAAUCCUAGAUUUAGGCUUGAAUUUCUACGUAAGUCUUUUUUUCAAGCCUAAUACUUUUAAGUCCAAAUCGUUGGGCCCAAGCCCGAUUUCGUGAUAUUUAGAACUUUAAAAAAUAAAAAAAUGAGAUUUAAAAACUGCCACGUGGAUUUUCGGUGUUAAAAUGUCUUCGUUUUCGAAUUUUGCCACGUGGAUUUUUGGCACGAAAAUUUUAAUUUUCAAUAUUUUGCCACGUGGAUUUCUGGCGUGACAAUUUAAUUUUUUGUUACGUGGAUUUUUCACCCUGAGCCGAUUUUCAAACUCUAAAAAUCUGGUAAAAUUUCUCUGGCCAACCUAAAUUCCCCCGAAUGUCGAAUUUUACAGUACUUCAACCCAACACUCCAUCCAACAUGCUCUCCUCCUCCUCCUCAUUCGAUCCUUGUCAACCAUCAACAUCCGGUUUUCGUCCAACAACACCAUCUUCAGUUCAAUCAACACCUCGAAUGAUGACGUCAUCGUCGACGGCUUCAACUCCUGUUGUCAUUAAAUACGAUGGUAAUGGUGAUAUUAUUGGUGGGGGAAUUGGAGGAGAAAGAGGAAUGGGAAUGGGUGAACAAACACCAACUAGAUAUGGUAAGGGAUUUUUGAAGGGGGAAUAUUCUAAAAGUUUUUUUUUCUUAAAUUUCUAAGAAUGCUCUGAAGCUUUUGAAUUUUUAAAAAUAAUAAUUUCUAGGCUCUAGGAAUUUUCAGAUAUUUUAAAAUUUAUUCUCAAUUUUUCAAAAUUUAAGCCAGCUUCUUGUAAUAUAAAAACAAUAUUUGUUUUUGGACCUAGAAUGGAUAAAAAUUCCUGGAAUACUUUUUGAGCAAUUUGCUGAAAUUAGUUCCAGAGCUACGGCUUUCAAAUACUCAAAAGAGGAUAUUUAAUAUGAGCAAUGAUAAAAUGCAUUAAUUUGUAUCUGAAAUUAUAUCCAGCUUUUUUUCAAAGAGUAAUUUUUUGAGCUGGUUUUACUGAAAUUAAAUCUAGAUUUGGAGCUAGGCUUGAAGAUUAUUUUAAGCUCUAGAAAUUUUCAGAAUUUUGAAAUUCAUCUUCAGUUUUCUCUUUUUAAAGUUCAAAUUAAUAUGAGUAAUUCUGCUCAAAAUCAGCCUAGAACUCCAAAAAAUUGAAUUUUUAUAAUCUGAGCAAUGCUAGAGAAUCUAGGAAUUUUGAGAUUUUUUUUUGAAAAAUUUUAAAAAUCUGUUUUUUUGAGGUUGUUUACUCUAAUUCAAUUUUUCGAGAAUUGUUUUUCCCAAAAUGAUAUUUUCCUCCUCAAUAACAAUAUCCCCACAAAUUGCUAUUUUCAAAAUAAUCAUUUUAUUAUUAGUCCAUAUAUUUUUUCCCUCAAAAUUCUUCCCACAGAUUUCCAAAAUGUUUGUCCAUUUUUUUCGUGUCCUUCCCUUUCCCAAACAUUAUUAAUGUUGAUGAUGAUCAAAAAAUAUCAAAACAAAAAACAUUUGAUUUUUUUUCGCCACAUUUCUCCUCCUCCCGUUUGGCCCCCGAUUCUUUUUAGUCAUAGAAAGCGCACACAAAAAAAGAAGAGUGUGUCUGUGUGAAUCAUUUCGUUCUCCUUUUUGCCUUUUUCACACUUUUACCGCGUAAAGCAGUUUGUUAUUUUUUUUAAUUUCGAGCGUCGAAGGUCGCGAUUGUAGACCGCAAGCUUCCGCGUUAGCGGACACGCGGUUUACUAUAAGUUAAAAUUUUUACUGAUAUUCAGAUCAUAGUUAACCGCGUGGCCGCUAAAGCGCAAGACAGUGCCGCUAACGCGGAAGCUUGCGGAUUACACAGUACCAUCAGCUUAGUUGAAAAUCACAACGAGCAUAACAUGAGCAAUCUAUGUACCCGUAUGUGCUUUGAAUUUUCCGACAGUAACAGAGCCUCCUACAGUACCUCGAGAGCUCCCGUCUUAAGGUACUGUACAGCCACAGGUCCUCAAAGCUUCCUCCUCGGCUAACCUGAUGUGUAACCUGAGCAAUAAUAUUUUGCGCCAGGAAUAUCACCAAUUUUUUUCAUAUAGGAAAGAGUGAAAAAUCAAUUUCAAAAUUCGAAAAAUUCUAUUUGAAAAAAAUUUGAAACGUAAAUUUCCCCAGAAAUCAUUAAUUUUGAAAAUCCCAAAUUUCAAAUGUUAGCGGCCUGCCAAGCGACGUAAGUUACUGUGGAAAAUUCCUGUUUAACAUGAGCAAUCUACCCGAAACGCGGUAGCUUUUGAGCCCCUGAAUAACCUAGCCUGAGCAAUAAUAUUUCUCGACAGGAAUUUUAUGAAUGUCAUUUUCCCAGCCUAUUAUCAAUUUGAAAAUUCGAAACGUAAAUUUCCCUCGAAAUUAUUCAGGAUAUCCCCAUAUGCUUUCUAGAUCUAUAUGAAUUCCAAUAAUCCUUCCAGGUCCAUCAACACCAAUGCGACCAAUGAAUUAUCCAUCAACACCGCAAAGAGUCUCAAGUCGAAUGUCGAAUCACGGCAGUCCGUUUCGACCGCAAUCACAGAAUGUAUCAGGACCGGUUGCCAAUGAACGGGUUCAUCAAUUGAGAGAAUCCGCGUUGGCGAAACAGAAUUAUAUGCAACAAUGGAUUGGACAAGGAUAUCAGAAUGCACAAUCACCGCUACAACACAGACCGCCCAGUAUGGUAUGUUCUUCGAGUGACGCAAGCUUCCGCGUCAGCGGCACUGUCUUCCGCUGACGCCGAAGCUUGCGGUUUACACAGCCUAAUCUCCAGUCCCCCUCCAACUUUAAUUUAUUCUCCAGAUUGGUUCAACCAUGUCAACAAUGUCGCAUAUGUCUGAAAUGUCUCGAUUUUCAAUCGGAGGAAUGAGCACACUUUCAGUCAACACUGAAAUUGCAAACUAUUCAUGGCCCCAAAAUCCACAUCAAGCCCCGCAUAUUUUAUCGAAAGUUGGAAGUGGAGAGAAUCAGGAUCCGAUGAAAAUGAGAAGGCGAAUGACGUUGAACGAAAUUGUUUAUAGCUUGAAAUCGAAUGAUUCGGUAGGUUUGAAAAUUAUUUUUAAUAAUGCGGAGAAAGAAUUUGAAGAAAUUUUGAAACGUAAAUUUUGCGGUUCAAUCUUUUUUUUUUGAAAAAAAAAAGAUUUUCAAAAUUUUCCUUUUUCCAGAUGAAACAAAUGCUUGCACUUCGUGAAUUAAUUCCAGUCGCCGAACAAAAUCAGCUUGAAAUGAGUGUUCAAAAACCGGAUCUCAAAACCCUGAUCUAUUCAUUAUUCGAAAUUUUGAUCCCGCGAGAACAGGAAGAUGAAAAAGUUGUUGAAGCCACUCUCUAUGUCUUAUAUCACGCUGUUUUGUAUCCAUCAAAAACUCGAAUUUGUCUCAAAAUUUUUGAAACGCUGAAUUUGGAAAUAAUGGGAAGAAAAGUGAAGGAGAGAAUGGAGAUGGGCGGAUUUUCGACGAAUGAUUUCAAUUUCAAACAUCCGAUUGGAAUAUUUUAUAUAAUUAUGUUUCGAGCAAGUCAAAUUGAAUCGAGAUAUGUUGCAAAAGCAUGGAUGUUAUUGACACAUUUGUUUUGUAACACGUUUUUUAAACGAAGGUUUUUUGCCGCGAGAUACGCGAGACCAGAAGAUCAUAACAUUCGAGCUGAAGUCAUCCGAUUUGCCGUUGAAUCAUUGAAAAAGGAUCUGAAAUCGAAACCGAAAGGAUUUGCGGUUUCAGUGAUUCGAAAUCUUUCGGCAGCGAAUCCUGAUAUAAUGGGAAUGGCUAUGCAAUUAGAUGUUGUGAAUAUAUUCUUGACAAUUAUGAAAGAGGAAACUAUUCAUGAGGAUUUGCUUUGGUCAACAACUCAGGCUUUAUCCGCGUUUUUUGCGGUUUCGAUUAAUGGAGAACAUUUUAUUCGAUUGGGUGGAGCACAGGUAAUUUUUUUGGAUUUCAAAAAUUUAGGGAUUUUUCUGGAAACGCAUAAAAAUAUAUUGUAAUUAUUAUUUUUUCUUAAAAUCCUCUUAAAUUUCUUCAAAAAACUUGAUUUUAUGUACAACGUAGUCCACGUGGAAAUUUGAAAAUUCUGAAAUUUUGGCGGAAAAAACCAUGUGGAAUUUUCGAAAUUCAAAAAAAGUUGAGCCCAAAAAACCACGUGGAAUUUUUAAGUUCAAUUAUUUUCGGCUCUAUAAAUCCACGUGGAAUUUCGAAAAUUUAGGUGCGAAAAAUCCACGUGGAAUUUUCGAAAUUCAUAAACUCAGGAUCUAAUAUUCACGUGAAAAUUCAGUAAUUCUGAAAUUUUGGCGGGAAAAAUCCACGUGGAAAUUUGAAAUUUCGAAAAUUUAGAAGCGAAAAAUCCACGUUGAAUUUUAAAAAUUCUGUAAUUUUGACGCUGAAAAAUCCACGUCGAAUUUUCGUAAAUUCAAAAUGUUUUGUCUUCAAAAAAUUAAUCCGCGUAGAUUUUUUGGGAAACAUUCUAAAAUUUUGGAGCGAGAAAUCCACGUGGAAAUUCAAAAUUCAUGAACUUAGGAUCUAAUAUUCACCUGGAAAUUCAAUAAUUUUGAAAUUUUGGCACGAAAGAUCCACGUGGAAUCUGGAAAGUUUUGACCCCCAAAACCAACAAGAUUUUUUCCAGGUAAUCUGUGGUCUGUUAUCCCACGGUUCUUCUCGACUUCUUCACGAAUUACUUGGUUGUAUGGCACGAAUCGCCGAUUUGCCAGCAAUAAAAGAGCAAAACAUGUCGGAACCAAUUCAUAAUGUUGUUCAAUUAUUGGGCAGUUUUGAUCCGACAAUUGUUGAAAGAUCGACUGCAAUUCUAAUGAAUAUUGGAUUACACAACAAAGCGAAUAAGGCUAUUUUGGUGCAAUGUGGAGUGACGAAUCAUGUAUUUGCUGUGCUCAGAAUGUCUGAUCAAUAUUUACAACUUGCAUCAACUCGUGAGUGUUUUUUGGAGAGAAAAUUUGAAAUUUUUUGAUACUAAAUAAGCCUAGUUUUGCCACGUGGCAAUUUUUUUUUGGUAGAAAAUUUAGGGUUUGCUAAAUUCCAAUUUUUUUGAAAAUCUCAAAUUUUUUGCUCUAUUUUAAAAAUAUAUUUUUAUAACUACAGUACCCAAAACAAUUUUGCCACGUGACAUUGUUUUCUAGUGAAGAAUUUGAGGUGUUUCAAGAAAACAUUUAAAAACUGCCGAUUUCGAAAGUUUUCGCACCGAAAUUUGAUGACGUGGAAAAUUUUGAAUUUUCAAAAAUUUUUGAACCAAAAUUUUUAGGUUAUCAAAUGCAUUAAUUUUUUUUUGAAAUCUACAGUACCCAGGACAACAAUUCAUACAAUAUUUUUCAGCUGAAAAUUUCGGAUCUUGUAUCGAUUUUUGUCCUGGGUACUGUAGUUCCGUCGAGAAAUUUGAAAGAAAAAAUUCAUGAAAUUUUUACACAUCUCUAACUUAUCUUAAGUCUGAAAUAUCAAAAAUUUUGAUUGAAAUUUUAAUUUUUGGGGAAUUUUUUAUUCGAGGUUCUCUAAAAUCAAAUUUAUUUUCUUAAUUAAAAAAUUCCACGUGCCCUCUGAAAAAUUCCAAAAAUAUCCAUUUUCCAGCUGAACACUCGGAAGCGAUUCGAAUCCAAAUCGGCAGUAUUUAUGAGCAUUGUCUACGUGUCCUCAACAAUGUCACUUUAAUGUCACAACAAGAUAAUCGAGAAACUGCUGUUGAAGCAUGCAAAAUGGUAAGAACCCCCGAAAAUUUCUGAUUCUCCUAAAAUUCAAUUUCUUUUCAGAUCUCUUCGAAUGUCGAUUCAGCAGCAACAUUUUUGAAUUUUAUUUGUAUCGGUAAACGAUAUUGUCGCAAAUUGGCUAUUACGGUUUUGAAACGGUAUGAAAAUUAAUUUUUUUUAAAUAUUUUGAUCUAUCAAUCAAUAAUUUUUUGCAGGGUAAUUGAAACGAUUCCAGUUUACGCUGAAAGAUUUAUUGAUCUUUACGCAACUACAAACGAACAGCUUCCAAUGUUAUUAUUGAAACGAAUUUGGGAGAGUUUGAAGCAGUGGAGAACUUUGAACAAAGAAUUGAUGCAGAAUUUGAGCAAUGAAGAAGCUGAGGAAAAACGCAAAGAUCAUGAGGAUAUUGUGAGAAGAUCUUCUGGUUUAUUGACAACUUUGUGUUUGGAAUCGAAUCGGAAGUUUGUGGAAGAUGUGAAGAAGGCGAUGUUGUGAGUUUUUUGAAAUUUAAAGGGACAGGGCAGAGAAAUAUUGUGCUCAAACAUUUUCUGAAACUUUGACUCGAUUGAUUUUGGUCUUAAAUUUCCCUACCUAAGGGGUGCCAAAAUUUCGAAAAACUGGAAUUUUCUGAAUUUUUGGCCGUUCAAAAAUCGACAAUUUGAAUUUUUUCGAAAACGCUUGUUUUUGGCGCCAGAAUUGCCACGUGUGAAAAAUUCAAAAAAUUAAAAUUUUCUGAAUUUUUGUCGGCCCAAAAAUCGAAAAAAAAACCAUUCUAAAUUUUUUUUGAAAAUUUAGCCAGAAUUGCCACGUGGCAUAAUUUUCUAGAAGUUCAGAAUUUUUGAAAAUUCCUACUUUGUGUAAUUUUGUCUCAUUUGUAUUGCGAAAAUUCCACGUGGCAAAAAUUCAAAAAAUUAAAAUUUUCUGAUUUUUUGUCGGCCCAAAAAAAUUGAAAAUUUCAAUUUUUGCGCCUGAUAAAAGCCCGAGAUAAAUUUCCGGGGUCCAAAAAAGCCCCGAGAAAAUCUGGGAAGCCUGAGAGACUCGGGACUUUUAAAAUAUUCAAUCCUUUUUUCAGAACUGCUGGCGCCAAUCCAUUUUUAUUCCUCUCCCACGAAAUCAGCGAUCCAAUGCUUUUUGAUUGGCUCUCAUUCAUUUGGAAAGUUUCCAACACCGAAGACUCACUCAAACAGAAACUCCUCAUCAAUCUCAUGCAACAGGCAAAUAUUGUGCAAAGCCCGUUUUUGGGUGAAUUACACGAACGAAGACCGAAUCCACAAAUUCGACAACUUAUUAUGAAUCUUAUGCAAUUAGCUGAACAACAACAUCGAAAUAUCUAG